AUGAGAGGACCGAAGAAGCAUCUUAAGCGUCUUGCCGCCCCGAAGCACUGGAUGCUCGACAAACUCGGAGGAGUUUUCGCCGUCCGCCCGAACCCAGGACCACACAAGCUCCGCGAGUCGCUCCCACUCAGCUUGUUCCUCCGCAACCGUCUGAAGUACGCUCUCAACUACACCGAGGCCAAGAAGAUCCUCACCCAGAGAAUCGUCCGCGUCGACGGAAAGGUCAGAACUUGCCACAAGUUCCCAACCGGAUUCAUGGGUAAGAAAUUGCCAAUUUCCUUCUUGUUCUAAUUUAAAUUUUUUCAGAUGUCGUUGCCAUCGAGCGCACCAACGAGUUUUUCCGCAUGCUCUACGACACCAAGGGACGUUACGUCGUCCACAGAAUCCAGGCUGCUGAGGCUGAGUUCAAGCUCUGCAAGGUCAAGUCCGUCCGCACCGUCAUCAAGGGAGUCCCAGUGCUCUCCACCACCGACGGACGCACCAUCCGCUACCCAGACCCGCAUAUCAAGGUCAACGACACUAUCGUCUUCAACAUCAACACCCAGAAGAUCACCGACUUCGUCAAGUUCGAGCCAGGAAACUUGGCCUACGUUACCGGAGGACGUAACGUUGGACGUGUCGGAAUCAUUGGACAUCGUGAGCGUCUCCCAGGAGCCUUCGACAUCAUCCACAUCAAGGAUGCCGCAGGACACUCCUUCGCCACCCGGUAAGUUUUGCCAUAAAGGCUAGAAGGAGCAUGAAGGUCGGGGGCCGCGAGGGUCGUAAAAGUCCGGCUAAGGUUGGUUGCUAAUUCAAGCAUUUCCUCUUACAGCAUCACCAACGUCUUCGUCAUCGGAAAGGGAUCCAAGGCCCUCGUCUCCCUCCCAGCCGGAAACGGAGUCCGUCUCUCGAUCGCCGAGGAGCGUGACAAGCGCAUCGCCCAGAAGCACUAA